AGGCUUUAUAACAUUCCCCCUCACAUCCGCCUUGCAUAAACUGAGCGUUGUAAACAAAAGCAGGGCUUCUGCCACAAGACGAGGCUUAAUUUUGGUGGACUUUUCUUUUUUGUAGCUGGUGUUUGACUCGGGACAAUCAGAAGUUGAAGCAACAGGCUCUGUAGCUAUCUGCAAUGGACGACAUCAAAGUUGAGGCCAAACCCCUGUUGGUCGACAGAGAACUACCGGGCCUGAGAGAGGCUGUACUGCAACUUGUUGUCAAGGAACACGAUGUUGAGACUCCUCACGGAAGACUCCACUGCACGAUGAAGGGCUCUCCCAAAGGGGACAGACCAGUCAUUCUUACCUUCCAUGACAUUGGCCUGAACCACAAAGCUUGCUGGGACCCGCUCUUCAACCACGAGGACAUGUCGGAAAUCAUGCAGCAUUUUGCUGUGUGUCAUGUCGACGCCUUGGGGCAGCAUGAAGGAGCCAACACCUUUUCCACCGGGUGAGUCGACAGCAGGCAGUGUUGUGUCAGGCAGUCUUAUCCACGUAUCUUUAUGCACCGCAGCCUGAAGAGCGUCAUUGGAAUGGGCAUCGGAGCCGGCGCAUACGUGCUGACCCAAUUCGCCCUGGACUAUCCAAAUAUGGUGGAAGGUCUCAUGCUCAUCAACAUCAACCCAUGUGCUGAGGGAUGGAUGGACUGGGCUGCCCACAAGAUCAGUGGCUGGACCCAUGCUGUGCCUGAUAUGAUUAUUACCCACCUCUUUGGAAAGGAGGAGAUCAACCACGACCAUAUCGCGACAUUCCGCCAUCAUAUCAUGAACAACAUGAACCAGUUCAACCUGCAUCUCUUUGUCAAGGCCUACGAGAGCCGGAGGGAUCUGGAUAUUGAGAGGCCGGUCCCUGGAUGUAAUGCCAGAACUCUCAAGUGCCCUUCUCUGCUGGUGGUCGGCGACAGUUCUCCGGCUGUGGAUGCUGUGGUGGAGUGCAACACCAAGUUGGACCCCACAAAAACAACCCUCCUUAAGAUGGCUGAUUGCGGAGGCAUGCCCCAGGUUGACCAGCCUGGAAAGCUGACAGAAGCUUUCAAGUACUUCAUCCAGGGAAUGGGAUACAUGCCCUCUGCCAGCAUGACCCGCCUGGCUCGCUCCCGUACCGCCUCUGGCUCCAGCAUCACUUCAGACGGCAACCGCUCGCGCUCCCACACCCACGACGGCAACCGCUCGCGCUCGCACACCAACGAGGGGAGCCACAGCCGCAGCCGCAGCCACACGACCGAGCACGGCCACACGGACGGCACGGCCAACAACAGCGUGGACCAGUCAGGGCCCAAGUCUGCCGAAGUCUCCUGCUAAAGUGAACGCCCCGCCCCUUCCACAACACCCUGCCCGCUGCAGACAACAAGAACCUCUCAAGGUCCCUUCGUUUUGUGCUGCGCUGCCUCUUGAUUAUACACACAGACACACACACAUAGAUUCAUACACACUUAAAUCAGACCGGGACACUAACGUGACAUAUUGUGACAUGUAAAAAAAAAAAGAAGAAAAUGCACAAAGGACUCUUGCUUGCAGAUCUUCCACUGCAGCUGAGAGGUCUACAUUUGAAGAUAACUAGAGCAAAAGGUUGUGGUCAGCUGUUUUUUUGUUGUUCAGGGACUCGGUACACGCCCACACAAACAAAACAUCAGCACUCUUCGGUCAGGCAGGAGAGCAAACGGAGGCAACGCAGCAUUCGGGGGGGGGGACACCCAAACGGAGAAUAUCAGAGAAAGCUGUGGCUAAGAGUACUCCAGCUUGUAAACCAUUCCUCUCGCAUUUAAAGCAGAAUUAAAAUCCGGCAUUCCUUCUGUUUUUCCUCUACUCUUGCCACAUUUCGACGCAGCUUUCUCAAAUUCACCCCACUGUAAACGUCUUGUUGUCUUCUCACUAAUUGUCUGAUAAUUUACUCUAAUGUUUCCAAGUGGCGUCGUUUGUGCAUAGGAGCAGAUUUGUAGUCGUAAGGGAAAGAGAGCGAGGAAGCACUCGGACGGACGGACGGACGGACGGAUGAAUCGUAAAGGGCUCAUUGUAUCUGAAGCUUCACAAAUUAAGGGAGAAAGUUUUCAGGAUAUACUGUAAAUGAUAAUUUCAUUCAGCUGGUGUUUAUUAUCUCUUGAGGUUUUGAGUUUUAUUUUAGUUCCCCUUUGCUCCCUUUAAGAUUUCCAUGCAAACCUACUGUUUGCAGGCGGAAUACAACUUGAAUUAAGACUGAGCAUUUUUCUGAGAACAUUUCAUUUAGAAUUAGCUUUAUAACGAAUUAAAAUGGAAAUUCACACAAGGUUUUCAAUCAUAUAUGCUUAUUUCCUUAAGUUUUGUUUUUUUUUCCCCUCCCAAGCUAUAUGUAUGCUGAUUUCUAUGCAAUCAAGCAAAAAGGAACAAAAAAAAAAAAAAAAAAAGUGCCAUGAAAUUGUUCGCUUUUGGGAUGUGAUGCUCCUGUGAUGCUUUUGGAUCUAUUGGGUGAGUGCAGAAGGAGAGGUCCACAUGUUAACAUGAGGAUAGCCAUAGUACUUACCCGAUACCAUUUCCUGUAUUUUACUUGCACUACAGCAACAUAAUACUUUGCAGACGACGUAAAUGCAGCUUUGUAAAGAUGCAAUGCACAAACCAUCUCUUUGAUGUAGGGGGGGGAAAAAAUAGCAUUAAACAUGAUAUAACGGUUUGUAUUUAUUAAAAAAAUGACAAUAAAAAAACUUGUAACAGA